UUACAUCCUUAUUUUGCUAAACUCAAUGUGAGUGAGAGGGGGCACUCAUUCUGAUCCCUAAUCCAUUGUUUUUUGUUUUCAUCUAACCCACAAAGAAACUCAGAUCUGAUCCGGAAAUGGAGAGCGACGAAGAUUUUGAGCUCUUGCCUCCCCCUCCCCUGCACGAACCUAAGCCAAAGCUCAAGCGUCUCAAGAAAGCUCUUAGGGUUCCUCCCCUCUCUCCCUCCAAUCAUGAUGGUUCCUCCCCUAUCGAUUCGGGAACUCUUCCCUCCGACGGUCCCACCCUUAGCGCCGGACACGUGGAGGACUCUAAUUGGGGAUCUAACCCCCAAAUCGACCACAGAGUAACCGCUCAUCUUGACGCAUCAGAUAGCGAUACUGCCAAGAAGAAUAAUGGUUUUGGUGCAAUGCGAGCUUUGGACUUUGAUUCUAUCGGUGAUGGACUUGACGGAAAUGACGAGGUUCACUCUAAGGAGAUGGAGACUGAGAAUGAGAAGGGGGAGGAAGUUGCGGAUCUCGAGAUCGAUGAUCGCGACAGAAAACGACGCAGUUUAGAUGAGGAUUCAGAGGAUCAGGAGAAGAAGAGGAAGAGAAAGAAGAAGAAGGGAUUGGACGGUGAGAAGCAGCUUAAAGAAUCUGCUUCCAAUAAGAGAAGGGCUGAGAAGGAGAGGCGGGAAAAUCUCAAACAGCUUCGAGCUGAGGAGAGGAAGAGAAAGAAGAAGAAGGGAUUGGACGGUGAGAAGCAGCUUAAAGAAUCUGCUUCCAAUAAGAGAAGGGCUGAGAAGGAGAGGCGGGAAAAUCUCAAACAGCUUCAAGCUGAGUCUCAGAGACUUCUUCGAGAAACUAGAGAUGCAGCUUUUAAACCCAUUCCACUGGUUCAGAAGCCAAUUUCUUCAAUACUGGACAAAAUUCGGCAGAGAAAAUUAGAGAUUCAGAAGAAAUCUAGUGGUUAUCGUGAUGAUAAUGGUUAUGACUCACCGGUGGAUGAUGAUUCUGAACGUGGCCCUCUGGAUGAGGAGAUAUCUGACAAGGUUGAAAAGGCCAAAUUGGAGGAAACACAUACUUCGUGUGCAGCCAUCGACAAUUUGAAUACAUUGCAUGUUAAUGGAUCUAAAGAAGCUGCAGAUUAUCCAAGUGGUGAAAGCAUUCCUUCCCCCAUGGCUGUGCGUAUAGAACCUGAGCAUGAAUUUCGAGCUCCUAUUGAUGAUACUCAGGAGCUCGCUUAUCAUUCCCAAAGUACCGACACUAAUGAUGUUUGUGAGGAGCCAAUUAACACUUCAGAAGAAGUACCAGCUUCAUCAAUGCUUGCAAUGAACUUGAAACUUGAUUCUGCUCCUCCUGAUGACGAUGCGUCUUCUGAUGAUGAUGAAGAUGAUGACAAGGAAAACAUAGAUCCUCGUUUACAUGGAUCAGUUCACUUGCCUUCACCUCCAAGUGGCGACCCGGUUAAGGCUUUUGUUGAUGAAGAAGCUGAAGAGGAAGACAAUAGUGACAAUGACAUGCAGCGCUUCCAAGAUAAUGAAGAAGGUGAAGAUGAUGAUGAUAUUGGGGAACUUAAUGAAAUGAUAACACCUGAAUAUGAAGAAAAGUCAAUUGAUAGAGAAAAGCGUGACCAACUCCACCAGAAGUGGCUUGAACAACAAGAUACAGCUGGAAUGGACAAUCUACUUCAUAAACUUAAUUGUGGUUCAAAAUUGAAAGAACCAACAUUAAUUGAAGAGGAAGAUGAGGAAGGUGAAGAAGCUGAAAAUGAAUCUGAUGAAGAAGCUGAAAAUGAAUCUGAUGAAGAAGCUGAAGAGUACAUUGCACCAUCAGAUGCUGUGAAGAUUAAUCUGAAGAAGGCGAAGCAGAUGAUUCCGCAGAUGUUUACAGAUAAAGAUAAUGAUUAUGUCUCAUCUGAUGACGAGGAAGCUGAAAAGAUGCUAGAUAAGCAGUGCCUCAUUGAUAAAUCUGAAGAGAGAGCCGCAUUCUUGUCACCAGCAGAGGAUGAAAGUAGCAGGGAAGUUUUCAGUCUCAUAAAGAAGUUAAAUAUUGUCCCCGAUACCAAGAGGAAAGCAAAAGUUCCAUCUUUCUUUGAAACGUCGCUCCUUGGACAAAAAGUAAACACAUCAUCCAAGUCUUUUGUCGGUCGGGCUACAAAUCAUUUUAUGGCCACAUCUCAAAAGCACGGAUCAGCAAAGGUUCGAUCAUUUAUAUUUGGGCGAGAUGACAGCAGUAGCAGGCUUUCUGCCUCAAUGUCAGAGGAUUCUUCAGAAAUGAUUCAGAGGGAGAGCCAACCAGCAAAAGCUGUUUCUGCCAAGUUCCAAAGAAGUACACAGAAAAUAUCUGCCACCUUGAAUUCCACAACUCAAGAGUCAAGCGUGUCGCUUUUAGAUAUAUUAAGGAGGUCUUCACUACGUGCAGAGCACUUUGUCCAGAAUGUCAAAGUUCAACCAAAGGAAUCCGUAUUUGAUGCAUUCAAGUUAGCAAAGAAGCCAAUUAAGACAGACGCAGGGAUAUAAUGUACUACAGGAGGAAACUUUAGUCAUAUUCGUAUGGUUAUACCGUUAUCACUUGUCAUGUGCUUUAUUUAGGUUACCUAUAAAUUAAUUGGAAAAGACUGGAUUUUGCUUGCGUAUCUCGUUUUUUAUUUUUGUU